AUGACAGAAGAAUAUCAAAGCCCUUUUGAAGCCUCUAACAUCUCAGCCGCCUCAGAUGGCACUCCACCACCAAAAAAAGAUAGCGCUUCUCCUCUCCCUCCUCCUGAUCUUCCUGACCAAAAAAUGAAUACGAAAAUGAAAGAAAAAGUCAUUAUCGAUGAUUCUGAUGAUGAACAACCCAAGCCUAAACAGCCAUCCCCGGCAUCCGGAUCAUCAUCAUCACCAACACAAAAUUCUCGUCCCUUGCUUGAUCUGAAGCUUUCCAACAACGACGCUGGUCAUGCGUCAGGGGCGUUGUCCUCGAAGGAACUCAUUCUGUUCAACCCUCUGAACCAGGGUUCAUCAUCGAACCCCGAGGGAUUAGGAUUAUUAUCUCAACACAACGAGCCAAGAGACGAGAACCCGCGUGGUGAUGAUGGGAAAAAACCCCAAAGUAGGGUUUUCACAUGCAACUUUUGCAAGAGAGAUUUCUCUACUUCCCAAGCAUUGGGAGGGCAUCAAAACGCUCACAAACAAGAGCGUGCCUUGGCCAAAAGGCAUCAAGGAGGACUAGGAAUGGACCAUAAUUUCUUCGGACAUUCCCAUCCUUAUUAUAGCCCAUAUUCAAGUAUCACUCAACACCCUCUCUAUGGAUCUUAUGGUAGAUCUCUUGGGAUUAGGAUGGACUCCAUGAUUCACAAGCCUUAUCCAUGGUCCUCCUCGACCUCCGGGCUCAACCUUGAUGGUCUUCAUGCUAAUACUACUUCCAGUGAAACAUUAGGCCUUCCAGGAAGCAUCAGUGCUUCAAGGUAUGUUCAGGAAAUUGGUUCUGCUCGCAAUUUUGGUGGUUCAAACUUCGGAAUCAACAGGCCAAUCAUUGGUGGUGAUGUUCUCGGCCGUGAGCCUCCAAAACCCGAUACAGAUACUUCUGGACUUGAUUUGUCUCUUAAGCUUUAA